AUUCCCGAUAUUUCCAAGAUUAAACUUGAUGGGGCAUUGAUCACUGCACUUGUUGAGAGGUGGCGUCGAGAGACAUCCACAUUCCACCUGUUUAUUGGAGAGUGUACCAUCACUCUCCAAGAUGUGGAGUUACUUUUAGGUUUGAAAAUUGAAGGAUUGCCACUAACCAUCAAGACAGGAAAAAAGUGA